AAAUAAAGUAAAAUUUUUCACGCAUUGGCCAUUGCGAUCUUCUUCGGACACCACCAAUCCUCGACUCCAGACAGCUGGACAAAACAGAAUCAACUCGCAUCGCGUUGUGUUCAAAAUCCCGCCAAGUCUCCAAGACUCCAACCUCGCACGCAACGAAAUCAGAAACCCGUCGAAAAAUUACAAUAGUGAUCGUUUCCUUGCAGAGUUGCAGUUUCGAUUAAGGAAAUGAGAAUUCUGAAUCCGAUCACAACACUGAUAAAAACGAAGGCGAUGGGUUUCGAUUAACGAAUUUCUCUUAAAUAUUGGAUUCUUGGGGUUUAUUAGGGUUUUGAUUUUGUCCAUUCCAGAAGAAGAAAGAGAUGAAUUUGGGGGAUUUACAUAAAGUAUGGGAAAUCGAAGCCCUAAAGAAACCAGGAGAAGAAAAAGCUAAGAAGAUGCUCGAGAAACUAGCCAAACAGGUUCAACCCAUUAUGCGUAAGCACAAAUGGAGUGUCAAGCUCCUCUCCGAAUUUUGUCCAAACAACCCAGCACUUCUGGGAUUGAAUGUAGGAGGUGGAGUGCAUGUAAAACUGAGGCUUCGAAGGCCAAACAGAGACUGGGAUUUCUUUCCAUUUGAUCAGGUUCUGGAUACGAUGCUUCAUGAACUAUGCCAUAAUGUUCAUGGUCCUCACAACGCCAAUUUCUACAAGCUUUGGGAUGAGUUGAGAAAGGAAUGUGAGGAGUUGCUUUCCAAGGGAAUAACCGGCACGGGGGAGGGGUUUGAUCUGCCAGGGAGGCGUUUGGGUGGGUUUUCCCGCCAACCUCCUCCUUCAUCUCUUCGUAAAGCUGCCUUAGAUGCUGCAGAAAAGAGAGCAAAAUUGGGAUCUAUGCUACCAUCUGGACCUAAACGGCUUGGUGGUGAUACCACCAUUAUGGUUGCACUCAGUCCAAUACAAGCUGCAGCAAUGGCUGCAGAAAGGAGAUUACAGGAUGAGAUUUGGUGUGGUUCUCAGUCUGCUAAGGUUUUUGAGGAAGGAGAAAGUAGCAAUGAUGUCACAAAAGACCUUUUAGAUGUGGGCCAAAGUACAGGAUGCUCUAGGCCAGAUAAUGGUGGUUCAUCUUUAGGGUCCAAACUUAAUCAUGACAAGGUACGUAAUGCAGAGGAACAUGCCAUGUGGGAGUGUGGAGUAUGCACAUUAUUGAAUCCAUCAUUAGCCCCAAUCUGCAAGCUUUGCAGCACAGAAAGGCCCAAAGAUGUGAGCACCAAGUAUAAAUCGUGGUCCUGCAAAUUCUGUACCUUGAAUAAUAGUGUGAAGUUGGACAAAUGCUCGGCUUGCAGUCAAUGGAGAUAUUCAUAUGGCCCUCCUGUGUCAACGCGCACCCCCAAUCUUGGGACUUGACAGGUGCGAUCCAGAAGGUUUGCAAAAUGUGAUUUUCCCAAAAUGGACAUGGUAUAUGUUGUGUUCUCUCUCCCAUCUUUCUUAAUUACUCAAAUGGUGGUUUAAUAUUAUAACUUUCUCCCUUACUGUUGCUGUUAAUGAAUUGUUUAAUUGUAGUCUUGUUUGGCUGGGAAAAUUGUCUAGAUUUCCCAAAAUUAGUUGCUUUCUGUAAUACUGGCAGGAGUAAAGAGAAGGAUGCCGAUUGUGUU